GAGGCGAACGGGGCCGUGGUGCGGGGGGGCGGGGGGUGUGAGGCCCUGCGAUGGGGGGCUGCGUUGUGAUCCUGGGUCCCGCCGAGCGCGCUGCUGCGUGCGGGGCUGCGCUGCUGCUUUUCUGCCUGCGGCUGCGAUAGGACGAGAGGGGAUGGCUGUACACUGAACGAGGGGGGAGGUUGGACGCUGAGGGGUUCUUUACUCAGAGGGCGGGAGGCAGCCCAGAGCUGCGCCCAGCCCGGACGGUGGGGACAUCAGAACGCAGCAGGGCUGCGAGGGCCGUGACAACCCAACCUGCCGGGCUGCUGAACUGCACGAGGGGUGAAGUUAUCCCCUAGGGAACGUGCUGACAGAAGGAAAUAAUGGGAAGUCUCGUGUCUGGGGUUGUGAAAGCAGGAGGGGUGAAGACGCCUGGUUCUGGUGUUCGUUGGGCAUCAGCCGUCAGACUGGAGGUGGUUGUUAGGAGGUCUCCUUGCUUGUUGGAAUGUGCUUUGGUCCCCGGGUUUGGUGUGGGUUAACCUUCAGGACAUAAAGGCAAAAGAUAACGCUAGGUGGAAUGCAUGAAGAGUUCAUCUGCUUAGUCUGAAUGGGUCUGGGAAACUGAAACGGGUUUUGGCUUUUCCAGCUGUUUCUAAGAAGCAGUAGCAUCCUGUUGAGAAGUCAGAAGAGCACAAAGAUGGAUCAGGUCUCUGCUUCUAAAUUUGGAAAGUAAAACGGUGCUCAUAUCGAUGAAGGCAUCUCUCCCUUUGCAGUGCUUUAGGCUUUGUGUGGCCUGCAGUGAGGAGCAGUGCAUGCACAUCUCUUUUGCUAAUUAGAAAGGAGGGUGCUGUCAUUUACUUUCCCUGUAGAUUUUUCAUCAACUGUGAUGAGCUGAGCACACACAAAGCACACUUGUCUGCUGCAAGUGAGGAAACUGGUGUUUGCUGGGCAAGGGCUGGCAGCUGGAGAAGCUCCACAGGGCUGUCUGACCAAUACUCCACAUCUUGUCUUGAAGGAAGUGUUCCCUGCUGCUUGCUGCCCUUCGUGUUGGAGCUCGUCGGUCCCAUCACUGUUUGCUUGCAGAACAGCAGGUGCAAGUAUCUUUGACCAUCAUGGGGGAUGCUGGCGUGGAAUCAACAGUCUCCCCUCCUGAAAGCACUACACAAGACUCUUUCCUCAGCAUGACUGAUGUGUUUCUCAUCUCACUCAUCACUGGGCUUUUUACUUAUUGGUUUUUCUUCCGCAAGAAAAAGGAGGAAAUCCCUGAUCUCCCCAAAAUCCAAACAGUAUCAUCCCCAGCAAGAGAUAGCAGCUUCAUUGAGAAGAUGAAGAAGACGGGGCGAAACAUAGUGGUUUUCUAUGGUUCCCAGACGGGUACAGCAGAGGAAUUUGCCAAUCGCCUCUCCAAAGACGCUCACCGCUAUGGUCUCCGUGGCAUGGCAGCAGAUCCAGAGGAGUAUGACUUGUCGGACCUGAGUCGCCUCUCUGAGAUUGACAAGUCCUUGGCUGUGUUCUGCAUGGCCACAUAUGGUGAGGGUGAUCCUACGGACAAUGCCCAAGAUUUCUACGACUGGCUGCAGGAGGCUGAUGCUGACCUGUCAGGUCUCCGCUUUGCUGUCUUUGGGUUGGGGAACAAGACUUACGAGCACUUCAAUGCCAUGGGGAAAUAUGUGGACAAGAGAUUGGAGGAGCUUGGAGCCCAGCGCAUCUUUGAGCUUGGACUGGGAGAUGAUGAUGGCAACCUGGAAGAAGACUUCAUCACUUGGAGAGAGCAGUUCUGGCCAGCAGUGUGUGAGCACUUUGGGGUGGAGGCUACAGGAGAGGAAUCCAGCAUCCGCCAGUAUGAGCUGGUGGUGCACACAGAUGUGAACAUGAACAAGGUGUACACUGGGGAGAUGGGCCGUCUCAAGAGCUACGAGAACCAGAAGCCGCCAUUUGAUGCCAAGAACCCCUUCCUGGCUGUGGUUACAGAGAACCGUAAGCUGAAUGAGGGUGGGGAGCGACACCUUAUGCACCUGGAGCUGGAUAUCUCCAAUUCCAAAAUCAGGUAUGAGUCUGGGGACCACGUGGCUGUUUAUCCAGCCAAUGACACGUCUCUGGUGAAUCAGUUUGGCGAGAUUCUGGGCACGGAUCUGGAUACAGUCAUGUCACUAAACAAUUUGGAUGAGGAAUCCAACAAGAAACACCCGUUCCCCUGCCCCACCUCCUACCGUACAGCGCUGACGUACUACCUGGACAUCACCAACCCUCCCCGCACCAACGUGCUCUAUGAGCUGGCCCAAUAUGCCACAGACACUGGGGAGCAGGAGCAGCUCCGAAAGAUGGCAUCAUCCACUGCUGAGGGGAAGGCUCUCUACCUCAGCUGGGUGGUGGAGGCCCGGAGGAACAUCCUGGCCAUCCUGCAGGACAUGCCCUCGCUGCGUCCCCCCAUCGACCACUUGUGUGAGCUCCUGCCCCGUCUGCAGGCCCGCUACUACUCCAUUGCUUCCUCCUCCAAGGUUCACCCCAACUCCAUCCACAUCUGCGCUGUGACGGUGGAGUACGAGACCAAGACGGGACGGCUGAACAAAGGGGUGGCCACCAACUGGCUGAAGAACAAGGUGCCCAACGAGAAUGGGAGGAACUCCCUGGUGCCCAUGUAUGUCCGGAAGUCGCAGUUCCGCCUGCCCUUCAAACCCAGCACACCUGUCAUCAUGAUCGGACCGGGCACAGGCAUAGCCCCCUUCAUUGGCUUCAUACAGGAGCGGGCCUGGCUGAAGGAGCAAGGCAAGGAGGUGGGUGAGACGGUGCUGUACUACGGCUGUCGCCGUGAGCAGGAGGACUACCUGUACCGCCAGGAGCUGGCCCGUUUCAAGCAGGAGGGCGUCCUCACCCAGCUCAACGUUGCCUUCUCCAGGGACCAGGCUGAGAAGGUUUAUGUCCAACACUUAAUAAAGAAGAACAAGGAACACAUCUGGAAGCUGGUGAAUGAUGGAAAUGCUCAUAUCUAUGUGUGUGGGGAUGCCCGCAACAUGGCCCGGGAUGUGCAGAACACUUUCUAUGAGAUCGUGGCUGAGUAUGGGAACAUGAAUCAGACUCAGGCCGUGGACUAUGUAAAGAAACUGAUGACUAAGGGCCGGUACUCUUUGGAUGUGUGGAGCUAAGAGAGAGGAUGGUGGGGCCAGGGAGAGAACGCAGGAGGUGCCCUCCCACCCACUGUUCCUGUGGGUGACUGCGUUGUCCCCAGCCUCCAGCUACCCCACUGUCACCCCAACCCCUCCUCUGCCCCCAGGGUGGGCUGUGCACCCUGGGUGGUGGAAGGGGACAGGUGGAGGGACAGGGGGUGGCCGAGGCUUUGUCCCCAGUGUUUGCCCUGGGGAUGUGGGGCAGGAGGGAUGGAUGGCCCUGGGGGAGCUCUGGGGUCUUUUCUGAACACGGGGUGUUGCCUUAUUUCCUGGCACCUCGUUCUGGAACUACAGACCACCCCUGUGCCCUGCAGGCUGGGGAUGGCAGCGGGGGUGGAGGAACCUGGCAGGUUUGGUGCGAGGGCUCAGUGUGGGGCAGUGAUCUGCUCUCAUCCCUCUCCUGCUGUUCGACCCUCUCUAGGGCUAGCUCCUAUGCCCCGUGCUGUCACUAGAUGACUACAGGUUACUUCUUGAGGAAAAGGCACAGCCUGCACCCAGCCAGGACCUGCAGGCACCCCCCCUAUUUCCCUGCAGCCCUCCUGUAUUCCAGCACUCAGCAGGGCAGGGGGCAGCUCCUCUUCCCUCCCUACAGCCCAGUCUGGGGUCACAGCUGCAGGGUCCUGCUGGCUCCCUUGGGCCCUGCAGCCAGCAGCUCCCCUGUUCCCAGCCCCUCUGUCAAGCUGUGUACGCUCAUUUUUUUUUUAAAUACUGUUUUUGUUUCAAUAUCUUUGUGAUUUUAAUCAUGGGAGAAAAAAAAAAAACCUUUCAGGCUGUCCAAUGACUGUAAAUUAUUUAAAUAUACUUGCCCUUGGAAUAAAACAUUGUUUCUGUA